CGGGACUAAUCCGCUCCCAUGUCAUUGCAGGGACUUCCAAUCCUCUACGCCCCGCUGCUGGGAACUGAAAACGGCGCGCACUACGGAACCCGCGCACUUUAGAAUAUCGCAGUUCGAGGAUCUCAUCACACGAGCUUCGAACAUCUCUCUCAUUAAAGGAUUUCGAAUUCUCUCAUUUCUCUCUCAACCUUGCUUCUGCUGGAUUCAUUUCUAGGGUUUUUACUCCUUUUUGGUUCUUGCUUCUUUCGGAGGUCGACGCUGCCACCUUUUCAGGUUCGAAUCGCCUCGUCUCUCCCCUCUCCGUCGCGUUUGGAUGGCGGCAGCAGCAGCAGCAGUAGCAAUAGGAGCCAUGGAAGCGGCGGGGCCCGGUGCGGGAGGAGAGGAGGCGGGGGGCCCACCAGCGGCAAUGGCAGCGCCAAAGGCGGAGAGGCUGAACCAGGCGGUGCAGCAGCAGCUGAACCUGGACUCGGUGAAGACCCGGGCCCAUGGCCUCUUCAAAGCCAUCUCUCGCAUCCUUGAGGACUUCGACGUCAUCGCCCGUUCCAAUUCCGUCCCCAAAUGGCAAGAUGUUUUGGGGCAAUUUUCAAUGGUAAACCUUGAGCUUUUCAACAUUGUGGAGGACAUAAAGAAGGUGUCCAAGGCAUUUGUAGUGCAUCCGAAGAAUGUGAAUGCAGAGAAUUCAACAAUACUACCUGUGAUGCUGUCAUCAAAGCUAUUACCAGAGAUGGAAGCGGAGGACAACCUCAAGAGAGAGCAGUUAUUACUUGGGUUACAAAACCUCCCUAUACCCGCACAAAUUGAAAAGCUAAAGACCAGAAUUGAUAUGAUUGCAGCAGCCUGUGAGAGUGCUGAAAAGGUCAUAGCUGAUACCCGUAAGGCCUAUGGUUUGGGUUCUCGUCAAGGGCCUGCAAUUGUUCCCACUUUGGACAAGGUGCAAGCUGCAAAGAUUCAAGAACAGGAGAAUUUACUUCGAGCUGCUGUAAACUUUGGGGAAGGAUUACGAAUACCUGGGGAUCAGAGGCAUGUUUCAUCUGCCCUUCCGAUGCAUUUGGUAGAUGUGCUCAGUUUUGGGGAUGGCACUCAGAAUUUCGCUGACAAUUCCGGUGCAUACCCAAAAAACACUCCCUCUUCCAUGCCAUCUGGGAACAUCAACCCUCAGGGAUCUACACUCCAGGCUCCAGGAGCACCACUGAUCGCAAGGUCAGUUCCAUCACCAUCUGCCAUUUCUGGGUCUACUUCCUUUGACAAUGCAUCCACACCUCCCUUGCCCUAUGCCAACUCACCUAGACCUGGCACAAGCAUGAUGAACACGCCUUCACCUCAGCAACAGGCACAACAGCAACAACAACAGCAACAACAGAGGCAGAAAAUGAUGCAGUUACCUCAACAGCAGCAACAGCAGCAACUCCUUGCUCAACAACAGUUGAGGCAAUCUUCUACACCAGGUGGACUGGGACAGAACUCAGUUCAGCAACUACAAGACUUACAGGGGCAGAGUCAGCAAAAGUUCCAACAGGUACACGGGCAACAUCAAAUGCAGUAUUCUCAAUCACUAGGUCACCAGCAAUUCUCGAACAGGCAAUUGCAGACCAGUCACAUGCAGCAUAAUAUGGGGCAAAACCAACUUGGCCAAGGGAAUCAGCUGAGGAGCCAUCUAGGCCAGUUUGGUGGAACCGCUAACAGCGCCCUGUUCAAUGCUGCUCAAACAUCGCCGAAUUCUCAGAUGAUUUCGAACAUGUCAGCUACAAUGUCAUCACAGACGCUUUUGCCCCGAGUGCAGUUUGGAUUGUCUGGUGGGCAUUCUCAGCGGAGUCAUGCUUCCCAAAUCCUAAGUGACCAGAUGUUUAACAUGGGAGCAGCCAAUACUGCAAACAUGGUGCAGAUGCAACAACAGCAACAUGGCCAGCAGGGCGGAUUUGGUAACAUGCAAACCAACACGCAGAAUCUGCAAUCCGGUAUGGUGGCUCUUCAAUCUACACAAAAUCCCAACUACCCACAACAAAGACAACAAAACCAGCAGUAGGAUCUGAUGUUUAUUUUCCAUGAUUGUACACUCUGGUCCCAUCUAUUGCCAAUGAAUGGUGCAAUUAGAACCUGAUGUUGCAUUCAUGGUUUCAUGAGAGCGGGGGAUCAUUUCGGUAUUUUUCGUGUGAAGCGAAUCAAUGUCAUGCUCCAAUAUGUGGGUUUUGCACACAUCAGCAUAGUCGGGAGGUGUCGAGAAUAUCGUCUGAAAUGCAAGUAGGGACAGAUAGUUUUUGAUAAUCUGGCCCAUUGAUUGAAUACCACGUGUUUGUAAGAAUGCGAUGCUUGCUAACAGCUCCAGGUCAUGCUAAAAUUGCAUAUUUGAAUCUUGAUUGGAGCGAUGGAUUGCCAUAAACAGAAAAGGAAGUCCUGGAUGUUAGGCAUCUGAUUGGAGCAGUUUUGGGAAUGGCCUGGUUUUUGUUAUGUUCUUGUUUGGAUGCCCACACAAUUCUACAAAUGCUUCAAUCAGCAGCCACCCUAGAUUCAACCCAAUGACAGCCAGUUUCCAUGAAAAUCAACCCGUCCUAAAAUUGAGGCGGAAUCACGACUAGAGAUUAUUUUUCUUUUUGCAUUUUCGUGUUUGAUCAUGUACACAUGUUUUAAAUUCAAAGAUGCUUCGACAGCUUGAUUUCGUGUGUUGAUUGGAUGGCCCAGAUAAUGACCGCUGCUGGAUUAUUGCAUAUGGGCAUAUAUGCAAAAUGUCUUUUUAUUUAUUUUUUAUUUUUUU